CCAACGACAAUCCAGCAGUUCAAGGAGGCCAUGAUCCUGGACUCAUCAUGAGCCUACGAAUCCCUACACGACGGCUGGCACAGCCAGCCGUCGCCCUCUCCUCUUCCCCCUCUCUUCUCACACCCUUCACGCCUUUUCUCCAGCGCCGAACCAUUUUCGGCCUUUUCAAGAGAGAAAAGACGCCCAACGCUGUGCCCGAGAACCCCAUCACGGCCGAAUUUCUGAAGCGUAAACCGCGCGAAGCACCGGCAAUCAUCCGAGGUGAUCUUUCAUCGAGCUCCAUUUUCGAGACCGACGAAGCCGGACCCAAGCCCUCCGCCGAAGACGUCGCCGCAAUUUCUGGCCCGCGAAUGAUCCGGGACCCGUCGAUCAUGGCAGCGGCGCUGGACCCCGACCCAAAGAACCGACAGCGCUGGGAGCGGAAGAUGGUCAUUCGGGACGUGCAAAAGCGAGGACGGCUGACGCGGACGCUACAAAUCAAGCGGACCGAGCGCGAGAGCGCGUCGAAAUCACACUUUAUCAAGACGAGUAUCAAGAAGCUGGGACCCCUCGCGCGACAAAUCACGGGAAAGAGCAUCGAGGACGCGAUUGUCCAGAUGCGGUACAGCAAGAAAAAGGCGGCAAAGAGCGUGCUCGCGCAUCUCGAACACGCGCGCAACGAAGCCGUUGUCCGUCGCGGCAUGGGCCUGGGCGAACUCAACGGCACCAAGGGCGCCAAGACGGAGAUUGAACUCAAGGAUGGAAAGAGAAAGCUCGUAACAGACAGAUCGGGCAUUUAUAUCGAUCAGGCGUGGGUCGGAAGGGGUCCGUAUGGUAAGGACUACGACUUCCGUGCCCGUGGACAGGUCAACCUGUUGAGAUUGCCGUAUACCAGCAUCUCUGUCAUCCUCAAAGAAGAAGCCACCCGCAUCCGCGAGCAUGAAGAGCGCCAACAGAAGCGCGCCCGGAGAAAGCUCUGGACACCGCUCCCCAACCGACCAAUCACCGCUCAGCGCCAAUACUACUCGUGGUAGAACUGUCAUAUCCCCCUUGAUGUAAUCUCCGCACGAUGCAUUUUCCAACUUUUCUUCUCCCCCCCCGUUUAAGCCUAUAGACACGGACACGGACACGGACACAUCUCCCACAUUUCCUCUUCUCUUUAUAUUUUCAUCUCUUUACAAAUGUAAUUUUAUAUCAUUCGCCAUUUUUCGCAAAAUGUAUGAUUAAGGCUUUUGCCCGUUGGUUCUAGCUCGGCCGGAAAACAAAAUCAAUCUUUUCAAUAUCCAU